UGUCACCAUGGUAAGAAACUCCGCUGGAGCCUCGCAAAUCAGCCCAGGGUGAGGGUUCCUGCAGCGUCUUCUCUGAUGGGAGAAAAUGAGUUCCGGGGUGAGCUGCUGAGUCAGAGGUGGACGCACGGAGACAAGACCGACAACUGCAGGACCCCGAGACUCUUCCUGGGCGGGCACGGCAAGAUGAGCUUAGAAAAUGACGAAAAGAGAGCUCGUACAAGAUCCAAGGCCCUCCGAGCUCCCCCAGAGCCCACAGGUGCCGACCUCAGCUGUCCCACUCCCGGAUGCACGGGCUCGGGACAUAUCCGGGGCAAGUACUCCAGGCACCGAAGUUUGCUGAGCUGCCCUCUGGCCAAGAAGAGGAAGCUGGAGGGCGCUGAGGCCGAGCACCUGGGGUCCAGGCGGAAGGCGCAGCCCCUGAAGCUGGCUCUGGACGAGGGCUACGGCGUGGAGAGCGACGGCAGCGAGGACGCCGAGGUGAAGGGCGCCUCUGUUUCUGGUGAGUCGGAAGGAACUGCGGAGGAGGACGAGGCCGCGGCGUCAGGACAGGAGGACAUUCAUCGCCCCGAGCCAGCUGAAGGAAGGAGCCCCGUCAAGGCUCGUUUCGGAUCCAAUCCCAUCAGCAGCCUCACGGGCCCCUCCAAGGGCAGCUACAGCAGCUAUCAGGAGAUCAUUGCAACUUCUCUCCUAAAUUUGGGCCAAAUCGCUGAAGAGACACUGGUCGGGGCAGACUCGGGCCAGGGGGCCAAGCCAGGUGCUGGCAUCGUGCGCCUGGUGCGGGAGGAGGCUGAGGACGGAGCCACCAGCGACGAGGGGGAGAAGGACGUCUUCAUCCAGCCGGAGGACGCAGAGGAGGUGAUCGAAGUCACCAGUGAGCGCUCCCAGGAGCUGUGUCCCCAGUCCCUGGAGGGCAUGGCCAGCGAGGUGUCCAGCAAGCAGAGGGUGGCCCUGGGCAAUGAGGACGAGGACGAGGACGAGGACGAGGACGAGGCCCCUCCUGACGUGAUCUGCCAGGACGGGGCCCCCCACGCCCCCCCACCGAAGGCCUCUGAGCCCCGGCGCCCGGCGCCUCCCAGCCCCAAGCCCGUGUUCUCCGUCCUCGUGGAAGUGCGCUCCGACGACGAUGGCAAGGACGAGGACUCGAGGUCCCAGAAGUCCACAGUCACGGACGAGUCGGAGAUGUACGACAUGAUGACCCGCGGGAACCUGGGCCUCCUGGAGCAGGCCAUCGCCCUGAAGGCCGAGCAGGUGCGGGCCGUCCGCGAGCCGGGCUGCCCACCCGCUGAGCAAGGCCCGCCGGGCCCGGGCGAGCCGGGGAAGGCGGCGAGGCCCCUGGACGCCACCCGGAAGAGCUACUGCAGCAAAGAUCCCGCAAGAGCUGAGAAGCGUGAGAUCAAGUGUCCGACCCCAGGCUGUGACGGCACCGGCCACGUCACUGGGCUGUACCCGCACCACCGCAGCCUGUCUGGCUGCCCCCACAAGGACAGGAUCCCCCCGGAGAUAUUGGCCAUGCAUGAGAACGUGCUCAAGUGCCCCACUCCUGGCUGCACAGGCCAGGGCCACGUGAACAGCAACCGUAACACGCACAGAAGUUUGUCUGGGUGUCCCAUUGCUGCUGCCGAAAAAUUAGCCAAAUCUCAUGAGAAGCAACAGCCACAGACGGGAGAUCCUUCCAAGAAUAGCUCCAGUUCGGAUCGGAUCCUCAGGCCCAUGUGCUUCGUGAAGCAGCUUGAGGUCCCUCCGUAUGGAAGCCACCGGCCCAGCGUGGCCUCCACCACACCCAGGGCCAACCUGGCCAAGGAGCUGGAGAAGUUCUCCAAGGUCACCUUCGACUACGCAAGUUUUGACGCUCAGGUUUUUGGCAGGCGCGUGCUUGCCCCAAAGAUUCAGACCAGCGAAACCUCACCGAAAGCCUUUAAAUCCAAACCUUUCCCAAAGGCCUCUCCCCCCAGGCCCAGCCCCUGCACUUCGUCCUCUUCUACAGGCUUCGACUACGCCCACGACGCGGAGGCCGCACACAUGGCCGCCACGGCCAUCCUGAACCUCUCCACGCGCUGCUGGGAGAUGCCCGAGAACCUCAGCACGAAGCCGCAGGACCUGCCCAGCAAGGCCACGGACAUCGAGGUGGAUGAGAACGGAACCCUGGACUUGAGCAUGCGCAGACACCGCAGGCGGGAGAACGCAUUCCCCGGCGGCGGCGGCGGCGGCGGCCCCGGCGUGGCCUCACCUGAUGCCUCCCAGGGCCAGAGCGUCCCCGGCGCCCCCAGCAGCUCCGUGACCUCGGCCCCGUCCAGCCACGCCUCCCGCCAGGACGAGUGGGACCGGCCCCUGGACUACACCAAGCCCAGCCGCCAGCGAGAGGAGGAACCUGAGGAGUCAGAGCCAGCAGCCCAUUCUUUUGCUUCUUCUGAAGCAGAUGACCAGGAAGUGUCGGAGGAGAAUUUUGAGGAGCGGAAGUACCCCGGGGAGGUCACCCUGGCCAACUUUAAGCUGAAGUUUCUCUCCAAGGACAUAAAGAAGGAGCUGCUCACCUGCCCCACCCCCGGCUGUGACGGCAGUGGCCACAUCACUGGGAACUAUGCUUCCCACCGCAGCCUCUCUGGUUGCCCUCUUGCUGACAAGAGCCUCAGAAACCUCAUGGCUGCCCAUUCUGCUGACCUCAAGUGCCCCACACCCGGCUGCGACGGCUCCGGCCACAUAACGGGGAACUACGCAUCGCACCGGAGCUUGUCAGGCUGCCCUCGUGCCAAGAAAAGUGGAGCCAAGGCUACACCCACGAAGGAUGACAAGGAAGACCCUGAGCUGAUGAAGUGCCCAGUUCCAGGCUGCGUGGGGCUUGGUCACAUCAGCGGCAAAUACGCCUCUCACAGAAGUGCGUCGGGCUGCCCUCUGGCCGCCCGAAGGCAGAAAGAGGGUUCCCUCAACGGCUCAUCCGCCUCCUGGAAGCCCCUGAAGAACGAGGGGCCCACCUGCCCCACCCCAGGCUGCGACGGCUCCGGCCACGCCAACGGGAGCUUCCUCACCCACAGGAGCUUGUCUGGCUGUCCCAGAGCGACCUUUGCUGGAAAGAAGGGAAAAGUCUCAGGGGAUGAGCUUCUCGGCACGAAAUUCAAGACGAGUGAUGUGCUGGACAACGACGAGGAGAUCAAGCAGCUGAACCAGGAGAUUCGCGACCUGAACGAGUCCAACUCCGAGAUGGAGGCCGCCAUGGUGCAGCUGCAGUCCCAGAUCUCGUCCAUGGAGAAGAGCCUGAAGAACAUCGAGCAGGAGAACAAGCUCAUAGAGGAGCAGAACGAGGCCCUGUUUCUGGAGCUGUCCGGCCUGAGCCAAGCCCUCAUCCAAAGUCUUGCCAACAUCCGCCUUCCGCACAUGGAGCCAAUAUGCGAACAGAAUUUUGAUGCCUAUGUAAGCACGCUCACCGACAUGUACUCCAACCAGGAGUGCUACCAGGACCCCGAGAACAAGGACCUACUCGAGAGCAUCAAGCAGGCCGUGAGGGGCAUCCAGGUGUAGUCCUCCUCAUCCGAGGGGCCAUCGUGCUGAGCCGGGGCACCUGGGGUACCCCGACCUGCCUCCAUCUUUUACCUCCCUUGCCCUGCCCUCCCAGUGGAGAUUCCCAACUCACAGUGACUUCUAGUUGGCAGCCCAGGGCGGCCUCGGGGGGUUUACCCAGAGGGGUGCCUGGAAAUGCGUGUCUCCCUCGAUGCGAUGCGCUCGCCGGGCCAGAGGCCUUGACCUCUCCACACGAGUGCGGGGCGUGAAGUGUUACAGAGUGAUUUAUUUUUGCUUCUGAAAGCUCGACGUCUCCAGGGGAAACUCAAGGACAAGGUUCUCAGGGAAGUUUCGGAGCUGCAACCUCAGUACUCCUUUGUCUGUCAAGGCCGAGAGGGCAGCCCGGCCGGGCGGUGGUGCGUGUGACGAGUCGGCCUGGAGUGGCCAGUGCGCCUGCGCGGUGAGGCCGCGUGGCGAGUGUGUCUCCUGUUGUCCUUUAAUUCAGUUUGUAUGUUAAGGGUGGACGAGAGCAGCGUUCCAGAGGGUAGGUUAGGAGUAAGCCUCGAGGAAGCUGGCCUGGGACCCCCUGAAAGACGGCGCCAGCUCCACGUGGAAGCACCCCCGGCUGGGCCUGCAGACCCUGCGCUCAGGGUUUGGCUCCCUCCAGGCUGCGGCCUUUAGACCCACGGGGCCUCUGGCUCUCUGUGUGCCCACAUGGCCCGUGACCCGCCCAUCACCCGGGUCAUGGCUGAGCUUUACCGAGGUGGGGACAGCGUCAGCGAGGUCAGGGGGUAAAUUCCUCACUAGAGACCACCAAGGUGUCACUUCUUUUUAGAUCCAUUCGAGAUUCGAAAGAAGGUAAAUCUUGAUUUACUGUGUUAAAAACACAAUGUUCCUAACAUGUAAAUAGAGUCCAAAUCAAGUGUGACUGCGAUUCCAAGUUAGUAUUUAAAAGUAGAGAAAUUGCACUUCCUGGAAGAAAUAAGAAAGUAGUUAGUUUAAUUAUUCUGUAAAUUAUUUAAUUUUGUCAGAAUGUAAGUAUUUAUAUUCACAACCUCUUAUGUUAACGUUUGCUAUUUAUUUAACAUUUUUAUUUAUUAAUUUUAUACUCUUUUACCUAGACCCCACACCAGGACACACGAGAGGGAAAUAAAUGAAAUCAAAGCAAAAUUAACAAUUUCACUAUGAGAUAGGCCACACACAAAAAAUCUUGCUGUAACUCCUAGUUAUGAUUUUAAUGCAACUGAGUUAUUUUUUAUAUAUUUUGUUAUUUAUUCUUUCAAUAAUGGAAUUUUAAAAAAGUAUUUUGUAACAGGCAUUUUGAUAAUUUGGGGAUAUUUCCCCCUCGGUCCAAUGGAAAGAACGACUUUUUGGUUUUCUUCAUCCCUUUUGGCUCCUUUUGUUGCAGGCGCGGACGACAGCAGAUGGAAUUCUGUGUUUAUCGUUUAUUUCAGUGUAGUGCAGACGUGUGUGCUCUGGCGUGUUUCUUGUGCCGCGUCUGUGUGCCGGUUCUUGAUGGUUGAGUCCUGUCGCUGCGAGGGGUGCUGCCCGCUCUAGGCUCCCUCAGCAGCUGC